AUGAGCAGCACCGAAGGUGGGGCGAAGCGUGUCGCUGAAGAUGGCAGCGAGGUUUCUGAGGCCAAGAGAGUGGGACGGAUAGAAGGGGUGGCUCAGCUAAAGCCGGAGUACGUGGUGGCGGGCGCCGCGCAGCUGCGCGCAGCGGAGAGCGACGAGGAGCUGACGUCUGAGCGGAUGGUGGAGCCGGAGGGCGGGACCCGCAAGAAGAGCAAGAAGGCGCGGGGCCAGAACAAGAACCGCGACAACCGGCAGGCGAAGGAGGAGCACCAGCUGUGUCCGCGUCUGGCGCAGGGCAAUGCGGAUGCGUGCGCGUUUGGCGCACAGUGCCGGUACCUGCACGACGUGCGCACGUACCUGGAGCACAAGACGGCGGAGAUUGAGUGCCCGCAAUUCACUGGCUGCCCCGUGUUUGCAGCGACCGGCCGCUGUCCGAUGGGCUUCAAGUGCCGCUUCCUGUCCAGCCAUUGCAACAUGGAGACACUGGAGCUGGCGACGACUCCCGAGGACGAGCGCGCAAAACUCUGGUCUGUGAACCACGAGGUGAACCACAUUGCGUCCGAUCGGAAGCUAGAUCUGGUGAAACGUCGCGCGCCCUUCCCGCGCAGCGAGCACGUGCUGGAGAUCAUUGACGCCAUCCAGCAGGAGUUCCGCGACGAGAUGCAGGGGGCCGCGGCGGCCCCCGAGGGCGCGGUCGCAGAGGUGCCGCAGGUGCAGCAGCGCGAGGAGCAAUUGAGCAACAAGCGCGCCCGGCAGCGCGAGCUGUACGCCCAGUAUCACGAGACACGCUACUUUGCACAGGAGAAGAAGCCGCUGGACCUGCAUCACAAGAAGAUCGUUUCUCCGCUGACCACCGUCGGGAACCUGCCGUUCCGGCGCCUGAUGCGCCAAUUGGGCGCCGACGUGACGUACAGUGAGAUGGCGCUCGCUGUGCCGCUGAUCCAGGGCACCAACUCGGAGUGGGCGCUGCCCAAGGCGCACUGCUCGGAGCUGCCCGGGUUUGGCGUGCAGCUAGCGUGCUCCAAGCCGUGGCAGGCAGCUAAAGCGGCGGAGGCCCUUGCAGACAACGUGGGUGACGGUCUGAGCGAGAUCAACCUCAACAGCGGCUGCCCCAUCGACCUGCUCUACAGACAGGGAAGCGGCAGCGCGCUGCUGGACAAUCCCGCGCGGAUGAUCCGCUGCCUGAACGCGAUGAACUAUGUGUCAAAGGACGUGCCCGUGUCCGUGAAGCUCCGCACAGGCACGCGUGACGGCCACCCCAUCGCCUUGGGCCUGUGCAAGAGACUGGUCAUGGAGACGGACGUGGCAGCCAUUACGCUGCACGGCCGCACGCGCCAGCAGCGCUACACACGGUCUGCAGACUGGGACUACGUCGGCCAGGUGGCAGACGCGCUGCGCUCCUACGAGACCGAGCGCGCUGAAAAGCUCAAGGACCGCGAGGGCAAGCUGCGCAUCCAGUUCGUCGGCAACGGCGACUGCAACAACUGGGAGGACUGGUACCGCCACCUCGAGAACGAGAACGUCGACAGCGUCAUGGUCGCGCGCGGCGCGCUCAUCAAGCCGUGGAUCUUCGAGGAGGUCGACGCGCGCCAGUACAUCGACAAGAGCAGCAGCGAGCGCCUUGAGAUCCUCCGCGACUACGCGCGCUUCUCGAUGGACCACUGGGGCACCGACGAGUACGGCAUCGCGCUGUGCCGCCGCUACUUCUGCGAGUUCAUGUCCUUCUUCCACCGCUACGUCCCCAUGGGCAUCUGCGAGCGCUACCCCGUGCUGCUUAACGAGCGUCCGCCCAAUUGGCGCGGCCGCGACGACCUCGAGACGUUGCUGGGCAGCACCGACGCCGCCGACUGGAUCAAGCUGUCGGAGCAGUUCUUCGGCCCCACGCCCGACAAAUUCGUGUUCCAGCCAAAGCACAAAAGCAACUCGUACGCGCCCAGCGUUCAGUAG